AUGAAUGAAAAUUCAGAAUCGGAAUUGAUUGAUUUUAUUAUAAAGUACAAAUUAGUUAAAUUGAUUGAUGAAAGUGAAUUAUCAGAUAUAAGACCUAUAGAUGAAGGUCAUUUUGGCAUUAUUUCAAAAGCUAUGUGGAAAACAACAAAUAAUUAUGUUAUUUGUAAAAGAUUAAAAAAUGAUAAAUCAAUUAGUAAUAAGCCGGCUGAAGCUUUUAUCCAUGAAUUAAAAAUGCAUGGACGACUGAAUUUUUGUCAAAGAAUAAUACGUAUUCUAGAUAAAGAAACAAAAGAAUAUUUACUCAUAACAGAGUAUGCUGAUGGUGGAAAUUUACGGCAAUAUCUUAAGAAUCAUUUUUCGGAAUUAACUUGGAAUGAUAAAAUCAAAUUGGCUUAUCAGAUUACUGAAGGAAUAAAAUUUCUUCAUGGAGAAAAUAUUCUUCAUCAAGAUUUACAUUCUAAAAAUAUUGUGAUACUCCAUGGAGAUGCUAAAAUUAUUAGUCUUGGUAUUGCAAAAAGUACUGAAUCUCAAACGAAUCUACAUUCAGACGUAAUUGGAAUGAUUGCAUAUAUUGAUCCUAAACGAUUAAAGGAUUCUUUUUAUGAAUAUAAUGAUAGGUCUGAUAUUUAUAGUUUAGGAGUUCUUAUGUGGGAACUAUCUAGCGGUAGACCUCCUUUUAUUAAUGACAUAAAUGAAAGUCUUUUAAGAUCAGGUUUAUUAGCUGGACGUAGAGAAGAAUCAGUACCUGAUACACCUAAUGAAUACUUGAUAUUAUAUAAAUCGUGUUGGGAUCCUGAACCAAAUACAAGACCAUCAAUUAUUCAAGUUUACAAUAGAUUAGUUAAAUUAGGAAGAAUGAGAGGUAUUCAAGACUUUCAAAAUAUCGAAUGUGAUGAUGAUAAUAUGCAAGAGCAAUUUGUGCUAAAAUAUAUAUUAACAAUGUACGUUCAAGGUAUUCAAGAUGAUAAUGAAUUUAAUAAUGUUGGUACGCAAGUGACUACAGAAGUGAAUAUAAACAAUGCAGAUAUUCAAGAUGAUAAUAAUAAUAAUGUCAGUGUACAAGAUAAUAUUCCAAAAAGUUUUAAAAACUUAGUAGAAAAAUGUUGGAAUACUGAACCAGAUUUACGUCCUAAUAUUCAUGAAGUAUACUAUUCUUUAUUGAACUUAUGGUCAUCAAUUUAUCACAACAAAUACCCAACCCCAUUAAAUUUAAUAUGUUUAGAAUUUAUUGCUGCUGAUAAGGAUUAUUCUAAAUCUAAUUUCCAAGAAAUGAUUACUCAAAAAGCAAAAAAUAGCAAUUUAGAAUCAUUAGAAAUGAUUACUAAAGAAGCAGAAAACAGCAAUUUAGAACCAUUAGAAAUGAUCAAAUAUAUUAAAAAAAAUGAUUUGGUUAAUAUUAGAAAUAUCAAUGAAUUAAAAAUAAUUCCUCCUAUUGAUAAUGACCAAUUUUGCAAGAUUUCAAAAGCUAUUUUGAAAAUAAAAAAAACAGAUAUUAUAGUUGCUUGCAAAAGAUUUAAAAGUACCCAACUGGAUAGAACCUUCUUUUAUGAAUUAAAGAUGCAUAAAAAAUUAUAUUCUUGUUUAAGAAUCUUAUGUGUAUUAGGCAUAAGUUUAGAUGAAAAUACUAAAGAAUACUUACUCAUUAUGCAAUAUGCUGAUGGUGGAAACUUACGCAAGUAUCUUAAAAAUCAUUUUUUAAAAUUAACUUGGAAUGAUAAAUUAAAAUUUGCUUAUCAAAUCACUGAAGGUAUUAAAUAUCUCCAUGAUGAAGAUGUUCUUCAUCAAAAUUUACAUUCUAAAAAUAUAUUAAUACAUAGAAAAGAAAUUAAGAUUAUACUUGAUAUUGCAAAAAGUACAGAAUCUGAUUAUUUGAAUGAAAUGAUUCCAUAUAUUGAUCCCAAAAUUUUAGAUGAUCGGUCUUAUGAAUAUGAUAAGAAAUCAGAUAUUUAUAGUUUAGGAGUUCUUAUUUGGGAAAUAUCUAGUGGUAGACCUCCCUUUAUUUAUAGUGAGACUGAGAAAUCUUUAGAAAUUCAAUUAAUAAUAAGUGGUUAUAGAGAAAAAUCAAUUCCUAAUACCCCUAAUGAAUACUCAGAUUUAUAUAAAUCAUGUUGGGAUCCUGAACCAAGCGAAAGACCAUCUAUUAAUCAAGUUUUUAGUAAAUUAGGAAAAAUGUUAUAUACUCAAAUAAAAACAAAUUUGAAGCCUGAAGAAUUGAUCGAUUCCAUUAGAAAUAAUUAUUUAGCAAUCUUAAUUAUUAAUAUAAAUGAAUUAUCAAAUGUUAACGGAAACAUUACUUGGGAAAAAAAAGACUCUUCCUUUCCAGUUAUUUGUAAAAAAUAUAAAUGUGACCAACUAAAUGAAGCUUUCAUCCACAAAUUAAAGAUAUAUAGAAAAUUCAGUUUCUGUUCAAGGAUUGUACGUAUAUUUGGCAUAAGUUUAGAUAUAAAUGUAAAUGAAUUUUUAAUGAUUAUGCAAUAUGCUAAUGGAGGAAAUUUACGCCAGUAUCUUAAAGACCAUUUUUCGGAAUUAACUUGGGAUGAUAAAAUAAAGUUAGCAUAUCAAAUUACUGAAGGAAUAAAGUUUCUUCAUGAUGCAGAUAUUAUUCAUCAAAAUUUGCAUCCUAAAAAUAUAGUAAUACACAAAAAAGAAGCUAAAAUUAUGCUUGAUAUUGUAAAAAGUGUAGAAACUGAUUAUUUUAAUGAUGAUGAAAUGAUUUCAUAUGUUGAUCCUAAAUUUCUAGAAAACUAUUCUUAUGAACUUGAUAAGAAAUCGGAUAUAUAUAGUUUAGGAGUUCUUAUGUGGGAAUUAUCUAGUGGUUAUCCUCCUGAAGCUGAAAAUAUUUCAAAAAAUCAAAUAAUUAAUGGUUAUAGAGAAACCCGAAUCCCUAAUAUUCCUAAAGAAUACUUUAAUUUAUAUGAAUCAUGUUGGCAUUCUGAGCCAAAUGCAAGACCAACAAUUAAUCAAAUUUUUAAUAAAUUAGAAGCAAUGAAUAAAAAUUCAGGAUUAGAGUUGUUUAAUUUAAUUAAAAAACAUAAAUUAGUUAAAUUUAUUAAUAUUGAUGAAUUAUCAGAUAUAAGAUAUAUUGAUGGAGAUGAAAAAACAAAAGAAUAUUUGCUCAUAAUGGAGUGUGCUGAUGGUGGAAAUUUACAUCAGUAUCUUAAUAAUCAUUUUUCGGAAUUAACUUGGAAUGAUAAAAUCAAGUUGGCUUACCAGAUUACUGAAGGAAUAAAAUUUCUUCAGGGAGAAAAAAUUCUUCAUCGAGAUUUACACUCUGGAAAUAUAGUAGUACAUCAAGGAGAAGCUAAAAUUAUUGAUUUUGGUAUUGCAAAAAGUAUGGAAACUCAAACAUAUAGUUAUUCAGGUGUAUUUGGAUCACUUCCAUAUAUUGAUCCUAAACGAUUAGCGAAUUAUUCUUAUGAAUACAAUGAAAAGUCUGAUAUUUAUAGUUUAGGCGUUCUUAUGUGGGAAAUAUCUAGUGGUAAAUCUCCUUUUGCCAAUAGAAAUAUUGGUGGAGAUCUUUUAAGACAUGAUUUAAUAGGUGGGCAUAGGGAGGAACCAGUACCUGAUACACCUGACGAAUACUUGAAAUUAUAUAAAUCAUGUUGGGAUCCUGAACCAAAUAAAAGACCAUCAAUUAGUCAAGUUUUUAGUAAAUUAGUUAAAUUAGGAAGAAUGAGGGGUAUUCAAGACUUUCAAGAUAUCAAAUGUGAUGAUGAUGAAGUGCAAGGCAUUCAAGAUAAUAAUGUCAAUGAUACUGAUGCACAAGACGAAUUUAUGGCCAAAAUUUUUAUAUUUAUAUAG